AUGCACCUGUUGUUUCAUCAAAAGCUGUCAUCACCUGUGCGGGAUCCCCUUCACGCACUUUCCAAGCUGGAACUGGAAGAGCUCACUGCCAGCCUGAAUCUCUUCAGUGACCAGUCCCUGGAAGUCAAGUGUUCUUUGCAGAGCCUCCUGGUACAAGACACCCGCACCGAUUCCACACUUGUUCACACCAGGGUGGUUUGCUCAUGCACUGGAGACUCUGAUACAGUGACUGCUGGCAUCAGUGUCAGCUCUCCUAACAUGGUCGAUAUCACAUACAGGGAGACUACAUCAGGAGAUGCAACUGUGGAUGUCCUGGUGGCUGAAAUGUCUUUGCGGGUGUCUGUGCCCUACCUGCUGACCCUGGCGAACUUCUUCUGCGAUGCACUGCCACCAUGCAGCAAUGUGGACCUGCAACCUGGGAGGCUGCCUUCAACUGGUCGACACUACUCGGUCAUUGGAGCACGUGAUAUGGGCCUAUCCUACUCGCUGGUUCUCCAGAAGCCUGAGAUUGUCUUUUUUGCUGACCCUAGAGACUAUGGCAGCCAAGUGAUUGUUCUCAAGGUGCCUGCAUAAUUUGAGCACAACUCACGCUAGUAUGUUAUAGUUUGCUAGGAGAUUCAAACAUGACUCUCAAAUAGUAUGAAUAGUUCGGCAGAUGCAUGCUUCAUAACCUGCAAAUAUCGCAUGGAUGCUGCAAGUGGGGCCGCAUAGAUGCGACUGCCCGCUGCCCGUGGCUGCCGCGUGUCACGAGUGCACCCGCGGUCAUUGUCUUCCUCUUAUACCUCCAAUUGGCAUGCUCGCGACUGCCGCUCCUAUAACUUUUGCAUCAGUGCCGACAGCACUGUCUCUGAGAAGAAAAUGUGCCAACCAGCAUGCUCGCGACCGCCGCUCUCAUAACUUUUGCAUCAGUGCUGGCAGCACUGUUUCUGAGAAGAAAAUGUGGCGGUAGUGGUCCAUUGUGCGGAGGUUGAUACGAAAUUACUAUAGGUGAAUUUUGGUGCCAUGCUAUUCUGCCUUGAUCAUUGAUUUGGAAUCCUUGCAACUUUAUUAACAAAGCUUCAGUAUUAAGCAUCCAUCAAACUGAGCAUUGAUAUCUAAGCUAAUGCAGAAACUGACCAAUGUGCAUCCUUUAAAAGGACACUGAAGUCAAAUAUUCACUUGGUAUGCCCUAUUGAAGUACUAUUCUAGAAAAAAACC